AUGGCAAAACUUGUUCAUAAUAUACAGAAGAAGCAGCAUAAGGAACGUUCCCAAACCCAAGAUAGGGCCAAAUAUGGUCUUUUGGAAAAGAAAAAGGAUUAUAGAUUGAGAGCGGCAGAUUACCAUAAGAAACAAGCAGCUUUAAAAGCAUUGAAACAUAAGGCGUCUAGUUAUAACCCUGAUGAAUACUAUCAUGCUAUGACAAGCAAAAAAACGGAUGAUCGGGGGGUAUUGGUGGCUGAUCGUGGAAAUGAAGCGAUGUCCGUGCAGCAGGUUAAAUUAUUGAAAACUCAAGAUGUUAAUUAUAUUAGAACUAUGAGAUUAAAUGAGUUGCUGAAGAUCAACAAACAAAAAGACAAUUUGGAUUUUAAAUCACAGGGAAAACAUACAGUAUUUGUGGACUCUUUCGAUAAGCAAAAGCAAUUUAAACCAGAAGAAUUCUUUGAGACAGACAAAAGCAUGUUGAAAAGACGUGAGAAUAGGUUGAAAAUAGAUCAGUUGGAGAAGAACGAGAAUUUGAUUAAACAGGACCCAAUAGAAGAUCAGAACCAGAAGGACAAACAGGACUUGAAGAAGUUGAAGCAAUACAAAUUAUUGAAAAGGAGAUUGGAAAGAGAACAGCAGUUGAAGGAGGUUGAGUCUAAAAUGGAAUUAACAAAAGAGUUAAUGAAGAAGGGAAGCGAAAAAAAGACGGUCGAUUCUAAUGGCAAAGUUCAAUUUAAAUGGAAAAAUCAAAGAAAACGUUAA